GACCAAGAUCAUCUACCACCUGGACGGCCAGGAGACGCCGUACCUGGUGAAGCUGCCCCUGCCCGCCGAGCGCGUCACCUUGGCGGACUUUAAGGGCGUUCUGCAGCGGCCCAGCUAUAAGUUCUUCUUCAAGUCUAUGGACGACGAUUUUGGAGUGGUGAAGGAAGAGAUCUCAGACGACAAUGCCAAGCUGCCCUGCUUCAAUGGUCGGGUGGUGUCCUGGCUGGUAUCUGCUGAGGGUUCCCACCCAGAGCCAGCCCCAUUCUGUGCUGACAACCCAUCAGAGCUGCCACCUUCAAUGGAGCGCACAGGAGGCAUUGGGGACUCUCGACCCCCAUCCUUUCACCCUCAUGCUAGUGGAGGCAGCCAAGAAAACCUGGACAAUGACACGGAGACUGACUCCUUGGUGUCUGCCCAACGAGAGCGUCCCCGUCGGAGGGAUGGCCCAGAGCACGCAGCCCGGCUCAAUGGAACUGCGAAGGGGGAGCGGAGGCGAGAGCCAGGUGGCUAUGACAGUUCAUCUACCCUUAUGAGCAGUGAGCUGGAGACUACCAGCUUCUUUGACUCAGAUGAGGACGACUCCACCAGCAGGUUCAGCAGCUCCACAGAACAGAGCAGUGCCUCGCGCCUAAUGAGGAGACACAAGCGGCGGCGGCGGAAGCAGAAGGUCUCUCGGAUUGAGCGGUCUUCGUCCUUCAGCAGCAUCACAGACUCCACUAUGUCUCUCAAUAUCAUCACAGUUACUCUCAACAUGGAAAAGUAUAACUUCUUGGGCAUCUCCAUUGUGGGCCAAAGCAACGAGCGAGGUGAUGGAGGCAUCUACAUUGGCUCCAUCAUGAAGGGUGGGGCUGUGGCAGCCGAUGGACGCAUUGAACCAGGAGAUAUGCUGUUACAGGUGAAUGAGAUCAAUUUUGAGAACAUGAGUAAUGACGAUGCCGUCCGAGUACUUCGGGAGAUUGUACACAAACCAGGGCCCAUCACUCUGACUGUAGCCAAGUGCUGGGACCCAAGUCCACGUGGCUGCUUCACAUUACCGCGGAGUGAGCCCAUCCGGCCCAUCGACCCAGCAGCCUGGGUCUCUCACACUGCAGCCAUGACAGGCACCUUCCCUGCCUAUGGCAUGAGCCCCUCCCUGAGUACCAUCACCUCCACUAGCUCCUCCAUCACCAGCUCCAUCCCUGACACAGAACGCCUAGAUGACUUCCACCUCUCCAUCCACAGUGACAUGGCAGCCAUCGUAAAAGCCAUGGCCUCCCCUGAAUCAGGGUUGGAGGUUCGAGACCGCAUGUGGCUCAAGAUUACCAUUCCCAAUGCUUUCAUUGGCUCAGAUGUGGUGGACUGGCUGUACCACAACGUGGAAGGAUUCACGGACCGGCGGGAGGCCCGGAAGUACGCCAGCAACCUGCUGAAAGCUGGUUUCAUCCGCCAUACUGUCAACAAAAUCACCUUCUCUGAACAGUGCUACUAUAUCUUUGGUGACCUCUGUGGCAACAUGGCCAACCUGUCACUUCACGACCAUGAUGGCUCCAGCGGCGCCUCUGACCAGGACACCCUGGCUCCUUUGCCGCACCCAGGGGCUGCCCCUUGGCCUAUGGCUUUCCCUUACCAGUACCCACCACCUCCGCAUCCCUACAAUCCACACCCAGGCUUCCCAGAACUGGGCUACAGCUACGGUGGGGGUAGCGCCAGCAGUCAACACAGUGAAGGCAGUCGAAGCAGUGGCUCCAACAGAAGUGGCAGCGACCGGCGCAAGGAGAAGGACCCAAAAGCUGGGGACUCCAAAUCAGGUGGUAGUGGCAGCGAGUCAGACCACACUACACGCAGCAGUCUGAGAGGUCCACGGGAGCGGGCGCCAAGUGAGCGCUCAGGCCCAGCAGCCAGCGAGCACAGUCACCGCAGCCACCAUUCGCUGACCAGCAGCCUGCGCAGCCACCACACACACCCGAGCUAUGGCCCGCCCGGAGUGCCCCCUCUAUAUGGUCCCCCGAUGCUUAUGAUGACCCCACCACCUGCAGCCAUGGGGCCCCCAGGAGCCCCUCCAGGCCGUGACCUGGCCUCGGUGCCCCCGGAACUGACGGCCAGCAGACAGUCCUUCCGCAUGGCAAUGGGAAACCCCAGUGAGUUCUUUGUGGAUGUGAUGUGAUCAGGGCCCCUCUCCCGCUCCCACCCCCUGAGCCGGCUGCAUCCCUUUCUCCAUCAGUCGGUCUUUUUUUACUUUGGUACCUAAAAGGGAAAUAAAUGGAACUAACUGCUACUGCUUGCUGGUAGCAGCAAGGAUGAGGGGUCUCUACUCAUCCAUGCUACAGCCCCCUAACCUGCCUCUGUCCCAGCUGGUGCUUCUGCCCACUAACCAACACCUAUUCCACCCGGUUCCGGCUUCCCAGGAUUUUUCAUAUCCCUUGCUCUGCACUGCUGGUCUUACUUCCUGGUGCUCCACCCUCAUAUUUAGGAGCCGACCCCAGUGGUGUCACACCCUCAUUCCCACUCCCCGUCCAAACCCUUUUGCCUACCUCCUCAAGCAUGUAUACAGAGAUCUUGAUUUUACCCCACUAUACUGACACCAAAAAACGGCCUUUCCCUUCCUAACUGCCCCGUCCAUGGCUUUAGUCCUUCACCCUACAGCUGUAGCCACCUCUAGUAGGCAUCCAUGCUGUCUGUCCCUUCUUGGACCCAGCCCCAAUCAGAAGCCCAGAGAGCCACCCCCCUGGUGCCAGGGAAUAUCUGCUGGGUCUGAACCCCCAUCCAUGCCUGUCCUGUGUGCUGGUUCCCGCAGAUUUAACCCUACUAACCAACAGGCUCAUCUAAUUUCUAGGCCUGAAACAUUUUUUCUUCUUUUUCUUCCUUCAAAUUUCCCUGGGCCUGGAGCAGCCAAGAAUUUCGGGCUCUUUGACUUUCUGUGAGUCCCCAGGAAAGGGAGGCCCAGCCUCCAAGGAGACCAGGAACUCUGCUUCAGCAGCCCCUCAGGGCUUCCCAAGGAUGUCCAGCCCCCACACCCACACUGCAAGGUCACUAAGCUUCUGGGAAGGACCACAGCUUCACCCAAGCAUGACAGACCAUGUUCUUUCCAGAGAGAAGUAGAGAAGUUUUCUUUCCAUCCCUCAGACAGACAGACAUACGGACACACACACACACACACACACACACACACACACACACACACGUCUAUGCAAGUUUACUUGAGCCUCAGGGCUGGUCCCUGCCCAGAGGGCUGGACCCUUUCUCCAAGUCAUCUCCUAGAUAGUGGGGCUGGUCCCUAACUGCCCUCUCCCCUGCCUGCUUGCCCUGGAGCCUCCCAUACACGUUCUCAAUACAUUGGUACUUGGAUAAAGCCCAAGUUGGGGCUCCACAGAGGGCUCUCCAGUAACUGACAGGUUCUCUACUUCGCUCCUGCCCCCACAUGUCCUUAUCUGCUGCCCUGCCUUCAUCUUCACCAUGAUUCCUGAGAGCAGAGGCAGGAAGCACAGACCGUUGAAGUCACACAAGAGGACCACUGGGACUUCCAGACGGUUCCAGUUCUUUUUAAAAUUGUUUUCCACCUUACAUCACAAUUUUCUCUUUAAAACUCCACUACAAACUGUACUGACUUACCCAGACUCAUUUUCAGGGCAAGGGUGUCAGAGCCGGAGAUGUAGCUCUGUAGUAGAGUGCUUGCCUAGUGUGCCCUGGGGUUCAGUCCCCAGAAAAUGCCUCCCCCAUCAAGAUAUCCUUAGCCCACGCUUGAGGGCAAACUAAGGUAGGGAUAUUUUGACAUUCAUUCAUUUAACAAAUAUCUCCUAGGAUUUUAAUGAACAAAGGGCUAUGUUAGAAGCAUGACUCAGUCUUACCUGUCUCCAAUACCCUGACUCUGCCAUAUUCUCAAGAACCCCGCUACAGUGCUCACGCAUUGGAUGCCAGCGUUCCAUGAUCCCAUCUUUGAUUCACUGCUCUUUCUUUGCCAAAAUAGUGUCAUCCAUUCUCUUUUCAAUUGCUUUUGAUAUGCUGGCCAUUUCUAAACAUGAAUUUCCAACCCCAGCUUCCCCCACUCUUUAGAUCUCUUUAUUACCCACUGGACAUCUCCAGAGGCAUGUCCAUAUGUCCCUAGCCCAGUAUUAUUCCUCUUGAAUCCCUGCCCUGGUGACUUUCACCACAAUCUGCAUAGGCCCACCAGCCAGGAACAUUUAUGGGCUUAAAUUCCUUCUUCCUACAUGGUAUUAGUCAGCAUAUCACACCCUUCCACUCUGGCACUCUUUCUGAAGUUCAGCUGUUCCUCUCCUCCUUCUUAAUUUACAGAGCACGGGAUUUGGAGUCAGGUUGGUUUGGGUUUGAAUUCCAGCUCUACCAUUUUUGGUUGUGUAAUAGUUAUUUAACCUCUCUGGAGCCUCAGUCCUCCUGUAUGUAAAAUGAUGAUAAUAAUACCUACCUCACAGGGUUGUUGUGAGGAUUUAAAUUAGAUAUUGUACGAAAAGUGCCUAGCACAGUGCCUGGCACACAAUAGAGUAGGUGCUCAAUAAAUGGUAGCUAUUAUUAUUA